AUGAAGUUCGCCCUCGCCACCGUCUUGGCCCUCGCCACCGCCGCCCUGGCCGCUCCCACCGAGUCGAGCCCCAGCCAGUGCAAGCACCUCGUCUGCACCGACAGCAGCCUCCUCGUGCUCGACCUCGACGUCCAAGUCGACGUCGACGUCCUGGGCCUCAUCGACAUUGACGUCGACCUCGACCUCCAGGUCGACCUCCUCAAGCACCACCGCAAGUGCAAGGCCGUGUACUGCUGCCCCAGCAAGUGCGAACAGGGCAAGCACAUCCCCGACAGCUGCCACCGCUACGAUUGA